UUUUAGAACCCACUCAGAAGAGAGAUUAAAAAAAAAGAAUUAACCCCACCUCCCUUUCUUCAUACCAAGGGAAAAAAUCUACAUAGUUUUGUUUCCUAACUUAGACACAUUAAUAUUGAUUGAAGACACAUUAACCCCAACUUCAAAGUGAGGUUUUUUAAUGGGGAAGAUGGUGGAAUUUGGAGUUGUGCUGUGUGUUUUGUUUGUUUUGAGUAAAUGGGGAGCUGAAAGUUCUGAACUUGAUGAGUUUUUCAGUGGGAAUAGCAGCUUAGAUAUGUCGUUCUUGGAGUCUGUUUAUGGUAUGGCAGCUGCUGCUGUUCCUCCCGAUGCUCUCAUGGUGGGCCUCACUCUUGUUGACGGAGCUGCUGCUAAAGGAGCUGUAUGUUUGGAUGGCACGCCACCGGGCUAUCACUUGCAUCGUGGGUUUGGGACGGGAGCAAAUAGUUGGCUCAUCCAGCUAGAGGGUGGAGGCUGGUGCAACAAUUUAAGAUCAUGUAUUUACCGUAAAACAACACUUCGUGGAUCAUCUACAUUAUUCGAGAAGCAAAUUCCAUUUACCGGGAUACUCAGUAACAAGGCUGAAGAAAAUCCCGACUUUUUUAACUGGAAUAGAGUAAAGAUUCGCUACUGCGAUGGGGCUUCUUUCGCUGGGGACAGUGAAAAUAAGGAAAGGGGUUUGCAGUUUCGAGGGAAACGCAUAUGGCUGGCUGCAAUUGAAGAUCUGAUGUCAAAGGGAAUGCACUAUGCGAAUCAAGCUCUUCUUUCUGGUUGCUCCGCUGGUGGUUUAGCUUCUAUAUUGCAUUGUGAUGAAUUUCAAGGUUUAUUUCCUGUAAGCACCAAAGUGAAGUGCCUGAGUGAUGCCGGAUUAUUCAUGGACGCUACUGAUGUAUCUGGUGGACACACACUCAGAAGUUUCUUUGCUGGCGUCGUUAGCUUGCAGGGCGUUGAAGAAAACCUGCCAAGCACUUGCACGGACCACUUGGAUCCUACUUCAUGCUUCUUCCCUCAGAAUCUGAUUGCCGGCAUUAAGACCCCUUUGUUUAUUCUUAAUGCUGCCUAUGAUUCAUGGCAGGUCCGAGAAAGCUUGGCUCCUUCAAGUGCUGAUCCUCAAGGCAGCUGGCAUGAUUGUAAAAUGAAUAACGAACUAUGCUCCGCAUCACAGAUCGAAUUUCUACAGGAUUUUAGGAAUCGUAUGCUGAGUGCAGUCCAAAGCUUUUCAGAAUCGAGUCAGAACGGGUUAUUUUUAAAUUCUUGUUUCGCGCACUGCCAGUCAGAAAGGCAGGACACUUGGUUUGCUGAUGAUUCUCCCGCAGUUAACAAUAGGCGCGUUGCGCUAGCUGUUGGAGAUUGGUACUUCGAUCGAGCUACUGUCCAGGCUGUCGACUGUGCGUACCCGUGUGAUACAACCUGUCACAAUCUGGAAGAGAUUCAUCCAGCUAUUUCUGCCUCUAAUGGAAUCGAUUUGGGAAGAUGCAAGGUGAUUCCACAUCAGAUGAGUAAUUCUGUAUUAAUCUUAUUGUACCUACUCGAGAUUGCAUGACAAAACUGUUAUAUUGCGAUAUGGGCUAAGGUGAAGUAAUUUAUACUAAUGUGUAUAAUUAUUAUAAUAUAUAGUAUAAUAUUUUGAUACGUGAUCUCCUAGCCACGUUCCAUAGAUAUUCAUGUGUUUCUCCUUUUCGGUGUUUUGCUGAUCUUGAGGCGGUAAGUGCUGGGGCUGAACCGGGGGCCGAGAUAGGCGGAGGUGUAGAUUUUGGAGUAGAAGACUAUUUUGAUUUUUUUAUUUAAUUUUAUUUAAUUAUUAUGCAUCAUUAUACUUCCUCUAUGUCCCAUUGAAGAUGACACACUUUCCUUUUUAAUUUGUCCCAACCAAGAUGACUCAUUGCUUAAAAUGGAAACACUUUCAUCUCUACUUUAUUCUCUCCACUUAAAAUACAAAAUAA